UGCGGAUCCUCGACUUCAAUCUGGAUCUCAGUGCUCGGCGUUCAUCGCUGAAACAACCCCUACCCUGUAAGGUUUAACGGGGACUGCAGCGGUUAAUGAUUUCAUACAGUGGGAGUCCGUACGCGCUUUGGACACAGGGCAUGAGUCCAGUGAGUGGAGGGAGAACCCGCUCCCAGUUUAUAAUUUGACACUGACAUACAUCUCUGGGUGUUGUCUAAAUAAAGGGAAGUAGCCCUGAACCCUGGGCGCGCAGGGAGCAGCAUGUACGGGAACAGAUCGGAUGAUGCUGGAUGUGACUCAACUGGAUCCGAACCAGCUGUCAGCAAUACCGACGCCCCCCCCGGCGGCACUGCGUCCACACAGGGCACCGUUGUGGAGCGACUCUCGAGGUAUGGCAUGCAGGUCAUCCCCAGCGCCUUCCAGCGUAGGACGAGGCUGCAGAGGCAGCAGGAGGUCACUGACAGCUCCGCGCCGGGAGGACUGCAGCGAGAGGCUCCGGAGAGAGGCUCGCUCACACCCGCUAUGCGUAAAAAGUACCUGAAAGACUUGCUGUUGAGCAACCCGUCGCAUAGCGGCUUCAGCAGCGUGCUGUCCUCGCACCAGAGCGUGUCCUCCGAGCAGGACGCAGGCUGGGCUCUGUACCCCAUGGAGCACGCGUGGAUGCUGUCUGCAGUGGAGGGGAACUACGAAACCAUACUGGAGUUCAUCUCCGUGGACCCCUAUUUGUUAACUAGGAAGGAUUUCAUCAGCGGGUACUCGGUCCUGCACUGGCUGGCCAAGAGGGGACAAGACGAGACUCUGCUCAAAGUUUUGCGGUACGCAGAAAGCGCACGGAUCCCCGUGAAUGUGAACGUGCGGGGCAGCGGCGGGCUCACCCCGCUGCACGUCGCCAGCAUGCACCGGCAGUACAUGGUCGUCAAGCUGCUGGUCGGAGCUUUCGGUGCCAACGUCGAUGCCAUGGACUACAACGGGAAGCGAGCCUGGCAGUAUCUGAAGGGAGACGCCCCGCUGGAGAUGAAGGAGCUGCUGGGGACCUGGGAUGAUGAGCACAGCUGUGGGUGUGCGCAAAAGGUCAACAGAAACGUCAACAACAACAGCGCUGGCGCCAUGAACCUGGCCGCACAUGAUGAGGCCGAUGGCGCAGAGAGUGUAGAUGAGGUUCACUCCUUUGACCGGACUAAGAGGGCCGGCAGCUGGAGGCUGGGGGCUUUAAGGAAGCUGCUACCCUCGUUUUCAUUUCUGGGAAAGAAAUGCUGAGUGGUUAUUAUGACGCGACCUUUCAGACUGUGUGCGUUGUUUCUCACUGAGGGCUCACUGCAAAUAUCUUAUUGCCAACUUCUUCUACCAGUGCAGUGAGCAUAUUCAUGUUUCCAGUGUAAAGUCAAUGUUUCAUUUAUUUAUUUUUUUCAUCAAGUUUUCAUUUUUAUUCAUUCUAGAGCAGCAACCCAUCUUUCUGUCAAAACUAACAGUAACUCCUAGUAUAUUCUUCAGAGUAAGUUUAUUUUUAUUGGAAACAGUAAAUGUCCCACUGUACAUGCAGAUUUACUUGUUUUAAGGAUUUAAUUACAGACAAAAAUGAGUAAAAAGAUGGAGAUUAACAGUGAUGAUCAAAGGGAUAAGAAUACUUUUACCUCUCCAAGCCUCUUUAAUCAAUAACUCAGCCAUAACUUGUAAUGAGGGAAGUAGAUAUUGCUACACUUUAAAGGGUCUCCAGCUGGAAAAGUUGUGAACCUCUGCACUAUUUCACCGGGGUAAUCCACUAUCAGUGCUGCACUUCAGGGAGUCCUACAAAGUCGUCUUGAAUUAAACUUUCACUGAACCUUUAAUAAAAACACUCACUGCAUACAAAGAG